AGCCUUUAGAAUUUCGGGAAAAAUUGUGCUUUCAAACAAAAGUCCAUCUCACUUGCUAGAGAUAAAAAUAGAACGCGAGCGUGAUUUGUAAGCAGGUGAAGAUGGCUGGUAAAGGUUAUCGGCGGAAAAGUAUCGACGAAACUUUUGAGAACAUUCAUCUCUAUUUAUUAUUUAUUGUCGCUUUUCGUUUAUACUGCAGUUUUCGUUUAAUUUCACAAAUAUAAUGAAACUUCUAUUUCUAGCAUGGUAUGUGGGUAAACGUUGGCAUUGAAAUAAAUUUACAUAAUAACCAAAUACAGCCAGCCAUCAGAAGCGCCAAUACACUAGCCUAACCAACAGGCAUUCUGAGGAAGUGGUUCUUCAUACCAUCCUACGUUUCAGCGAGGACAAUUUAUUGGGAUUUAUACCUGGUAGUUAAACGACGCCAUAUAUUGCAGUUUUUGUUGUUGUAACAGAGUGAUGCUGAAGUGACAGUCCUUGACCAGAUAUAAAUCUGGGUCGUUUCGUUUACGUAGACCUGACGUCGUGGCCACAUAUUGCUGUUAUUGUUGCGGAUUCGGCCUGGUUCUUUCUAAUUGAAAAAGUUGACCAGGAGUAUUCUGUCCGGCGAAACCUCUUUUGAUUUUGCAGCAAGAUGUCUGAACGAAAAGUGUUAAAUAAAUAUUACCCACCGGACUUCGAUCCAUCGAAGAUUCCUCGCAUGAAGCUUGCCAAAAAUCGGCAAUAUACAGUUCGCUUAAUGGCACCGUUUAAUAUGAGGUGCAAGACUUGCGGGGAAUAUAUUUACAAAGGAAAGAAAUUCAAUGCCCGAAAGGAAGACGUAGAAAAUGAAACUUAUCUAGGAAUACGUAUCUACCGUUUUUACAUCAAAUGCACACGAUGUCUGCAGGAGAUUUCAUUUAAAACUGAUCCACAGAACACUGACUAUGAAAUUGAGGCGGGCGCAACAAGAAAUUUUAUGGCGUUAAAAUUGGCAGAGGAACAAGCACGCAAAGAGAUAGAGGAAGAACGCGAAGAAGAAGCAAACAAUCCAAUGAAGUUACUGGAAAACCGCACACAACAAUCGCGUAACGAAAUCGAAAUGCUUGAGUCGUUGGAAGAGCUGCGCGAUUUGAAUCGCCGCCAACACAAUGUCGAUUAUGAGUCAAUGUUACAACAGUACAACAGCGCGGAAUCUGAGCAGGAGCGAUUAAAGCGCGAAGAAAAGGAAGAUGAGGAGUUUGUAAAAUCUAUAAACUUCAAAGCGAACAAAACAGCAGGAAAAAUUGUUGCUGAAGAAAUAAUAGAAGAAAUUAAUGAUGAAGCAUCUUUAUCUUCUGAAGCAAAGAAAGCAAAACUUAAUACUGCUAUUUUAGCGCCUCAAGCGCAUAGCUCCAAAACUAAAGCUGUCACAAUAAAAACUUCAACACUCGUAAAACGGAAAACUCCACUCGUUGUACCGAAAUUGAAUCCACCCACAGCAACAGUUUCUUCAGCGGGCUUGGGCGCGUCUACAAGUAAAACAGAAAGCCUAAAACCGACGGAAAAUAAAAACGGAGGCCUUUCAUUGCUUUCAAGUUAUGCCAGCACCUCCGAAGAAUCAGAGUGAGAGAUAUACAGCCUUAAAAUAGGGAAUAUUGCGUUAUACAAGUAUUUACGUAACUAAACGUGAUAUGUGAAAGUGGAUCACAGGAUUCUGGUGUAAAUAAUGUAAAGAAUGGUAAUUCCAAAUAUAAUAUGAAAGCGUUUUGAAAUAAUCUGAGAAUAAU